ACACCAGUCCCCCACUUGACACCCCUCUCAUAUUUACACCUCACCGUAGCCACCACCUGCCCUCACAAUCAAAAUAAACCAACUGCAUGUACCUCUCUCUCUCUCUCUCGCCGGAAGAUCAUGCCGGAAUUUCACCUGAAUUCCCUAGAACUCCGGCAUGGACUCGCCGGGAUGAGUUUGCCAUCCGGAACAAGUAGCCCAUCAUCGACCUCGACGUCCUCCGGUGUCGUCUUCGCCCCUAGAGGUCACCAGGACGACGAGGGGCCGGCUAGCCCCUCCUCUCCACGACUGUGGUCGAAGGCGCCGGACCCUCAGCUGCCCACGUCGGCGCGCGACCAGGCCUUGGCGAGGGGCCGGUGGGAGCUGAUGGAGAUGCUGAAGGACGUGCCCGAGUCGUACUAUGAGCUCUCCUUCAGAGAGCUCGUCGAUCGGGUGAGGCCCAAGGUGAGGGACGAUCAAGAGGAGGAGGAGGAGGCGGUGGAAAACAGAGAGGUGAAGAUGAAAAGAAAGAGGAAGAGGAACAGUUGGGAGCAGAGUGCCGGGAACAGCGGCCUCUUACUUAAGAUGUUCGUUCCCGGAUUGUAUCUCCGGUCGAAGUCGACGGCUGGGUCUGGGCGGGCGUCCUCGAAGCCGUUGUUCGUGGUGGAGGAGAGGGAAAGUGGUGGUGGCGGCGGUGGUGAGAAUUGGGAGAGGUGGAGGAAAGGGUUUAUGGUCGUGGUGUUUGGGAGGUGUAUCGGAAGUAGCAGUGCUGGUAGCAGUAAUGGUAAUGGCAAUUAUGGUAGCUCUCGUUCGAGGUGCAGUGAGGCCUUCUUAAGGGGCUGUUGGUCGUGCCUAGGCCUCAGCAGAAGCAAAUCCGAUAGAAAAUGAAAGCAACUCCUGUCAUUCAUUCUUCUGUUGAAUCUUGCCUCAACACCUGAACUUGGUCAAGUUCAUUUGUUUAAUAUAUAGUCAUCGAAGGGCGAGUAUUUGUAAUAAGAUCUGGAGACCCAAAGAGGGACGGGUGCAUGGCAAAUCAACUUUGCAGAUUGAAGUUGCCGGAUUCUGGUCAUGCCUGGAAGGAUGAACCUUCUGACUUGUAUUUAUAUUUACUCUUAGAAGUUUGGGCCUAUCUCCAGCUUCAAAAUAUUGGGAAGAAAAGGACCACAUGCUUAUGUUAUGCUGACAAUAUCAACCCUGUUUUUGUACAUAGAAAUGUUAAAGACGUGUUUAAAGACUCUUUCUUGAGUAACAUGAAAAACUACAGACCU